AGUUUCGUUUUCCAGACCUCAUAGAGAAGGCAGUAUAAAACACCGUGGCAGGAAAUAUAUCCAACAUAGACUACCGAGCCGUCGUGAUACUUUUAUGCCUACUGCAUUCCCGAAGAUAUUCUAUAGCGAUCAGCCGCGAUAUGUCUAAGCCUACAGACUGGAACCCGUCCUUGUGGAAAGAUUGCUUUGAAGGGCUGUUAGAUCAGGAGCUGGAUCAUGGAGAUGAGUGGACUCUGGGCUUCAACUACAGACAGACGGACGAAGUGAGCAUGGAGGAGCGCAAGAGAGGAUGGAAGGUUGGCAAACAAUGCGCCUACGGAGGUUUUCGAUGUGGUCGUUGCUCCAAUACUUGGUGGUCGGCCAAGGUCACGUUGGUGUUUAGGUACCGCCUCCGGAAAACUGCUGAAAAAGGGACGGUGAUCAUGCGGCCUUUCGGACAAUCUUGUCAGUCCUGCCAUGAUGAUCAGGAUGCAUUCUACAUGGCGGGGUUUUCCGAAGACGUAGUGGACCGCACACUGCUACAGUUAUUUAAGAAGAUCCGGAAAAACUGUUAUGGAGAAGAGCAAGAUGGGAGUGACGUUCCAGUCUGUGACUUCGUGAGGAAGACCAAACCCCACAAGAAGGAACUCUGUGAGGCCUGCCAACAGGGUAUCUGUUGCUUGGAGGAAUAACAAGUGUGUGUAGGCCUAUGUGUGUAUGUGUGUGUGUGUGUGUGUGUGUGUGGGGGGGGGGGGGGGGUAUAUUUAUGUUGUUUUUCAGCUUGAGAAUCCUUGCCAAGUCAAAUAUCUUCACAACAGGGGAAGACAAAACCUUGUCUAUUAAUAACUCUUAAAAUAAUUUGCAAUUACUGCUUCAGAACAUUAUGCCACCAUUUCGUAAUAAAAUAUCGAAAAGCGA